AGCCGUGCACACUUGUUUUCUACCCAUCAUCCCAAACGGACUCUGGUAACAGAACAAGAGCUCUAAAGGCGGAGGACGACGGAAGAAUCGACCCUCCUCCUCCUCCUCCUUAUCCUCCCACUGAUAGACUUAGCGACAUGGCCAGCGUCCUUCCGGUUGUGCCUCGCGCUCGGCUUAUCGUUCCAAGUCCGGUUCGUUUCAGGCGAGCUCGGGCGCCGCAGGCCGCUCUCCGCACCCCAUCUCCACCCUCCGCCGCCGUCGACUCGGUCAAGGCCACGAACACUGAGUUCUUCCAAAGCGAUUCCAGGCCCAUCAUGCUCUUCGAUGGCGUGUGCAAUUUGUGCAACGGAGGAGUCAGGUUCGUGCGCGACAACGAUCCCAACAGAAGAAUCAGAUACCAGGUGCUGCAGAGCGAAUCCGGCAGGAAACUUCUGCAGAGAUGUGGGAGAUCACCCGACGACAUAUCCAGCGUCGUCUUAGUUGAAAAAGAUAGUUCUUAUAUAAAGUCGGAAGCAGUGCUAAGGAUAAUGGAGCACCUUGACCUGCCGUUCCCUCAGCUGGCUUUCUUCUUGAAGAUCGUUCCUCUGUUUGUGAGGGACUUCGCUUAUGACAAUGUUGCAAACAGUCGUUAUUCGCUAUUUGGUCGGUCUGAGUCAGGAUCAUGCGAGAUAUAGGAGUCUGCUACUCCUGCAAAUACUUGAAAACUGUAUGUUAUCUACACAUCAAACUUAUUUGGAAUUUUGGUGCUUAGCUUAUUAUAUAUAAAUAUGACUUGUAGCGUUUAAGCUUAGGAUUUAAGAUUUGUUGGGACUUACGAUUUUGUUAUUAUUGUUGUUGUUGUUGUAAGGUUUAUGAGACUUGUGACCAUGCUAUUAAUGUAGUCUAACACUUGUAUGCA